AUGUCGCUCGAAGAAAAAACCGAAACAAAGGGUAUUCAUGAGAUAGUAAAAGAUAUUGAUCAUGAAAUAUCAAGCUAUGACGGUUGUAGCUUUAAAUCUAUGGAGAGGAGGUCAAAUAUAUCGAGCGUUCUUCCAGCAGGCUUCAAUAAUGUAUACUUAAAAUCUUCACCAAUUGAAUUUAAUCUUGCCGUAUCUGCACAUCUUUUUGGUUUUGUCUUAUUCGAAAUCCUUUCAAGUCUUGUAUCAAAAGUUUUGGGAUUUCAAGUUUGGAUUCCGAUUAUAAUGACAAUUUGGGCUGCUUUAUCUAUGUGUCAAGCUGCAGUUACUACAUCAGUUCAAUUAGGCAUUGUUAGAUUUCUUUUAGGUGCAGCUGAAGCUGGUUUUUCUCCUGCUUGUAUAGAUUAUAUAAGUUUAUAUUAUUCCAGAAAAGAGUUGACCACGAGAUAUGGCGUGUUUCUAGCUCUGGCUAUCAUCGGUGGUGCUUUCACUAGCCUUCUUGCAUACGGAAUACUUCAAAUAAAAGGAGGUCCACUAAAAAAUUUUCAAAUAAUAUUUUUACUCGAAGGUGCCCCAACUAUUAUUAUUGCCAUAAUUGCUGCCGUAUUCCUCACUAGAGGUCCUGGAGACGCACGUUUUCUCACACCUAAUGAACGUAGUUUCACUGUUGAUCGUCUUAAACCAGAGGGUGGUGUUGACGAAAAAAAUAAAAGUGUUAUGAAAUCUCAAUCUAAAAGCGCAUUUUCGGAUCCCAGAGUUUACGGUUACGUUUUAAUUGCAACCGCUGGAAUAAUUCCAAAUAAUGCUCUUAAUAUUUUCCUUCCGACUUUAGUGAAUCAACUCGGAUAUGAUCCUGUGACUACUCAAUUAAUGUGUGUGCCACCAUUUGCGAUUGCAACUGUUGUGAUGCUUAUAUUUUCCUGGAUAGCAGAUAAAUAUCAUAAUUACCGAGUUAGGGCUUUGAUUAUAAUGAUUGCAGAUAUCUUAGCAAUCAUAGGAAGCGCAGGGAUGUUAGGAACAUCAGCUACUAAUCCGAAUUUAUUUAGAUUACGUUACUUUUUCACAACACUUAUGGCAUGUGGCGUAUUUACUUCACAACCAAUAGUUAUAAGUUGGCUUACUGGCAAUAUUGUCGGUCAAUAUAAACGCAAUGUAACUAUUGCAACGUUCUUUACUAUCGGCAAUAUUGGAAGUGUUGUUGGACUUCUAGUUUUCACAAAAGAUGCAGCCCCUGCAUUUAAAAAUGGAAUGAUAAUAUGCUUGAGCAUGUCGGUCGUUCAAUUUGUUUUAUGCUUUUUAAUGAAGCUUCAUUUGGAAUAUGAGAAUAAGAGACGUGAUUUAGUCACAUUAGCCAAACAUAAUGCUCAGUUAAGUGAAAGUGAAUUAAAAGAUACUGAGUUGAUUAAAGAAAAGGCUGCGAAAUUGGUGGAAGAUGAACCAAAAUUCGAUGAAAUUUUGUGCGAUCGACAUCCUAAUUGGAGAUAUAUUUCCUAA